GGGGGCGGCUCCCGCCCGCCGGCCCCCGCCGCCUCCCCGCCGCCGCGGCGUGCAGGACCUGGCUGAGGGCGCAGACAGAUGGAGAGAGCGGACGCCAAGUGGAGCCCUUGCAGGUUGUGAUGCGUAAGGCGUGCUGUGCACUCAUCUUUGCAAAGGAGUUCUCUUCUGCUGAACUAGUUGGCUGGUGGCUUAUAGCAACGCUGGCUUCCAUCUGUCUGUAUAGAUGCGUGCUAGCCUCUGACAGCCGGUUAUGCUUGCAGGGGGGUUUUCCAUCCCCUCUGGGGCAGUGAGGCUCUGAAAACAGGUAGAGUUGCCACCUGAAGCUACAUUUGUAGGGGGCUGAGGUCCCACCCCUUGUGGUGUGUCGUCAUCCGGUUCAUCUGUACAUCUACGCUCAUCUGACAAGAUGGUGUUUCGGAAACCACCCGAUGGUGGCUGGGGUUGGGUGAUUGUUGUCGUUUCCUUCUUUACUCAGUUCUUGUGUUACGGAUCACCACUGGCUGUUGGAGUCUUGUAUUUAGAAUGGCUGGAUGCUUUUGGAGAAGGGAAAGGCAAGACUGCUUGGGUUGGAUCACUAGCAAAUGGAAUUGGUUUGCUUGCCAGUCCUGUCUGCAGCAUAUGCGUAUCAUCUUUCGGAGCAAGACCAGUAGCAAUCUUCAGUGGCUUUAUGGUGGCUGGUGGCCUUAUGAUGAGUAGUUUUGCACCUAACAUAUACUUCCUGUACCUUUCAUACGGGAUUGUUGUUGGGCUUGGAUGUGGCCUUUUGUAUACUGCAACAGUUACCAUCACUUGCCAGUAUUUUGACAAACGCAGAGGCCUUGCACUUGGUCUGAUUUCAACAGGCUCAAGUGUUGGACUCUUUAUAUAUGCAGCAUUGCAAAGAGAGCUUAUUGACCUGUAUGGACUGGAUGGUUGUUUGCUAAUAGUUGGUGCACUGUCUCUAAAUAUAUUAGCGUGUGGCAGCCUAAUGAGACCAUUGGAGUCAUCAGAUUCCCCUUCACCAGAAAAAACAUGUGUAGACAAAGUCCCAGACCAAUGUUUUGUUUACCAUGAAAAAGAAAAGACUGUUGAAGAAAACAUAAGCAUCCUUGAAAAGGGCUGUAUUGAUGAGAAAUGUGCGAACAAUGUGCCUGAUUACAAACAAGAUAACAUUUUAAAUAAGAAUGUAUUAAGCUCAAUAAAUGUAAAUGAGAAAGACACUUACAAAAAGAAAGUUGUGGAACAGACAAACUUCUGCAAGCAACUUGCCAAAAGAAAAUGGCAGCUCUAUUUGAACUACUGGGAGGAAACCAUUGUUCUUUUUAAGAACAAAGUAUUUUCAGCUCUCUUUGUUGCCAUCUUGCUCUUUGAUAUUGGUGGAUUUCCUCCUUCCCUGCUCAUGGAAGAUGUAGCAAGAAGUGCAAACAUUGAUGAAGAAGACUAUCAUAUGCCCCUUAUUUCCAUUAUAGGCAUUAUGACUGCAGUUGGCAAACUUAUUUUAGGAAUACUGGCAGAUUUUAAGUGGAUUAACACUUUAUAUCUAUAUGUAAUCACCUUACUAAUGACAGGAGUGGCCUUGUUUGCAAUUCCAUUUGCCAAAAGUUACCUUACACUAGCAAUGCUUUCUGGGAUUUUGGGUUUUCUGACUGGCAACUGGUCAAUUUUUCCGUAUGUCACAACGAAGACUGUGGGAAUAGAGAAACUGACUCAUGCAUAUGGGAUAUUGAUGUUCUUUGCUGGACUUGGGAAUAGCCUCGGACCACCAAUUGUAGGUUGGUUUUACGAUUGGACACAAGAGUAUGACACUGCAUUCUACUUCAGUGGCUUUUGUGUUUUACUGGGAGGAUUUCUUCUGCUGUUGGCAGCACUACCCUGCUGGAAUGCCUGUACCAAUCAGAGCUCAAAGCUGCCUCCAAAUACUUACUCCUACAAAGUUGCAUCUAGUGCUUAGGUGACAACUGGAAAACACUUCAUGCUUUUUUUAUAUUACAGAGCAACGUAUUUUAGUAAUUUUCCACUUAUUUAUGAAGUCCAAAAAUCCUCAUCCACUAGAAAAAUUCCAUUGCUGGUUGGUGUUCAGUUCUUUUUUUUUCUGUUUUUUCUUUUUUAAGAACAGUCUUAUUUUGUCUACUAUGCACUGUAUUUUCAGCCUUUGUCUACUGUAAUUUCCUUUCACCUGUAAUGGGUAUAUUCUGCUGUAUUAUCAGCUGUACUGUUUUCUAUAAGGGUUGGGUGGUGUGGAGGGGUGAAGACUUUGAAGCAAAAAUGAAGGCCUGUUUCUUGUCCAAGAAGGCUGGCAUUUCUGUCACCUUCUAUAGGUCUCCAAGUUGCACAAUCAGACUUUACAAAACAUUAAUUUGCCUUAUGAGAAUGUAAUGCUGUGGCAAGGUGCUUAUAACAUCGUGUUUAGAUUAAUUUUUUGGACUUUUUAAAGUUUCUUCAAUUUACAAUGAAGUGCCAAUUGGGCAGGGGAAGAAGAGGGAGAACAAAACCAACCUUGUGUUGCAUAACUGAACGUCAUGAUGGAAGUAAAGAUUCUUACUACCACUGCAACUAAGAACUGUUUAUAAAUAUUGCACAUUUUGUGAAGUCUGUUUAUAACACUGUUGAACCAAAAUCUUUUAAACCAAGGAAUAAAUAUGAUUGUUGAAACCACGUAAAGAAA